GAGUUCGGGAGCGCCAUGACUAGUCGUGCUGGACGCGUCCCUGGGCGGCGGUUGCUCGUUCGGUUCGAGGGUGACACGCACUCUCACGAGAGGCUGCUGCUGUGGCCGACGCGGAAAGACAUUUGGUUUGAAGGUUGGGUGAUUCUCACUGCCGAUGAUGACCUGUACAUAGAGUGGGUAAAGGACUGGGCGUGGAUCUGCGAUCUGACCGGGGGCUGGCCGGCCGACCUGAGAGGAGGCGUCGUUCGCUUCCGAGGGGCGAUGACCGCAGGAGAGGUGCUGGCGCGCGUGCUGGAAGGGCGCGAUGAGGCGAUGAAGUAUCGGGCGAAGCGGGGCUUGCCAGAACGUUUAGGAGGUCGGUUCGGCGAGGAGCCCACCACCUUCCUGGACUGGAAUGGGCGCGAGCUGGCGGUCGAAGACAGCGUGUUCGGGCGUGUCAGGCGGAGGCUCGCCAGCAAGGGCGUGAGCUCGGAGCUGCGGGCUGCGGAGGCGAGUGGCGAUGAGGCCGCGACGCGGCCUGCGCUCGCGGACGCGGCGGACGAAAGCGUGGAGGUGGUGAGCUCGGAGGGGGCUGCUCUGGUGCCGGCUGACGGCUCGGCGGGGUCGAGCGACUUCGGCGCGGGUCCAGGAGGCGUGCUCGGCGAUUGCGCGCGCGCGGCCGCGGAGGUGAGGGCGCCCAACGGCAUGAAGCUAGGAGAUCCCGUCGUUGGAGGUCGAGCUGUCGGGCUGGGCAGCUUUCGGGCGCCGGCGCAGCUGGAGAACGGCGGGUGCGUGAUGUGCGAGAAGGUGCCGGCAGAUGCGGUAGAGAGCUGGCGGCGCUCUGCUAUUGAGGCGGCGUCGGAGCACUGCCUCCCUUCGCCCCCGCCCGAGGGCGAGCCCGGCGCUGCGCGGGGGGAUGGUGGCCGGAGCGGCGAUCUGCGCGCGGAGUUCGCGGCGGCGGACGCCGGGGCAGAGAGGGCCCGGGGCGCGGCGACGCCGCCUGCGCAGGAGGCCGAGGCAGAGGGCGACGCACGAACGUUCUGCGCGGAGCGGGCCGCUGAGGGCGUGAUAUUCAAGUCGCGGAGGAAGGCCGUGGACGAGAGCUCGCAGUUGACCUUCGAGGGCUGCGAGCUCCGAGGUGCGAGCACCUGUCUUCAUCUCUGUCGGCGCUCUGUCCAGCAUACUGGCGACCCGAAGAUGCGGCUUCUGACGUUCUGCAUGGAGCGCGGCAUUUCUGGGGGGGAUCGGGCGCGCCACGAGCUGACGACCUUGGCGCAGGCACUUUGGUUGGCGGGGACCUACGACGGCCUGAACUCAGGGGGGGGCGCUGCGCUGGAGUCGAUUGCGAGGCGGCUGGUGACCGUCGUGGAGGCCUAUCGGAGUGGGCCUGCGCCAGGACAGGCAUCCUGGGAGAGCUCUCGGUGCUUGACGGGCGUGGUGGGCCCCUUCGACGUGGCGAGCCUAGAGCUGCGUCUUUCGCCAAUCGGGCUGCCAGAGACGAGGGCUCGGCAGGAGCUCGAGGAGACGGGCGCGGCGCUGGCGCUGGGCGGGCUGCCCGGAGCCAAGGGCGACGCCAGGGGCGGCCCCGGGGGCGCAGUUGCCAAGGCAAAGGCCAAAGCGAGGGCCGGAGCAGGCGCGGUAGAGGUGGCCGGCGGCGCGGGAGAGUGCUUCCCGGUGCCCGAGGUGCAGCAGUUCGACCCCGACAUCGGCUUCGGGCUGACCAGGCGAGAGAAGCUGCAGGUGAGGAGGCUCGCGAAUGACGCCAUCCAGAGCUUGAGUUGGAUGCGCGGCGCGCGCUGGCGAGAAGCCGGCCGCGCGCAGCCGCGCCUGGCGACCUUCGAUGAGGUAGCUGGAUUGCGGCGGGACAUGCAGCGGCGGGCGCAGUUGGCCGCGGCUGGCUGGCGGCGCUCGAGCAGCGCGACUUCAUCGCAGCAGGCCCGAGCUAACUUGGCCUCCUUCGUGCACGACCGGCUCAGCAUCCCUGAGGACGUCAGGCGGGCACCUCGAGUGGAUCGACUGCUGCCGGAUGCGGCGUUGAUUUUUUUGAAGGAGUACGAGAGCUACAUGCUGAGGUCGCCCGUGGAGGUGACCGUUCUCGACAGGACUCCGGGCCCUGCGCGGCCCUGGGCAGACCCCGUGCUGAAGUCCAAUCGGAAGGUGUGCGUGGGGCUAAUCAAGAGACUCCUACGAAUAGGGCUGGCGCGACUCAGUGCCAGUAAAAAGUGCGACGUGGGCGCGUUUGUGGUGAAGAAAAAGGACUGCUUCCACAGGUUGAGGUUCCCGAAGGAGUCGAAGGUCGACGAGUACUUCGCCUGCCCCGAGGCAUGGGCCUCCGAGCUCGGAUUGGCCUGGUGGAAAGGGCGGCGCGUUGAGAAGGACAUGGUGUUGUACCCGCUCGCGCAGUCCCUCCCCAUGGGCUGGGCGUGGAGCCUCUACUUUGCGCGGGAGGCCAAUGCCCGGCAGGUGGAGUUGACCGAGAAGCUGAGGGGCGCGCACCUUCCCCAGGAUCGCGGGUCGCCGCUGGCGCUCCAGGGAGGAGGAGGCGACGCUGGACGAGGCAAGUACUGCUACGUCGACAACUCAGGCGUGCUGGCCGAUGACGAGGAGUACGGUCGCAAGGGUCUGACCGCGGUGACCGAGACCUUCGGGGGCCAGGGGCUGACGGUGCACGAGACGGAGGUGGCCUGCGAGUGCGGGGUGGUCCUAGGCAUCGAGGUGGACGGAGCUCGGGGCCGGACUCGGCCGACGGCCAAGCGGUUCUGGCGCGUGCGGGACUCCAUCCAGGAGGUGUUGCGGCGCGGUGUCUGCAGCAGGCAGGAGCUCGAGGUCCUGGUGGGGCAUGCGACGUUCGUGGCCUUGAUCAGGCGGGGGCCGCUGUCCAUUCUCCACAUCACCUACAGGUUUGUGAAGAAGCUGUACUACGAGAAGGCGCCGCUGUGGCUGUGCGUGACGGAGGAGCUUGAGGCCUUCUGCGGUGUCAUGGUUUUCUUGGAGGCGAAGUGGGAUGAUCAGUGGCUGCCAGGCGUCAACCAGACCGAUGCCUCGCCGAGGGGCUUCGGGGUGGCCUACUCGCAGUGGCUGGUGGCGGCGGUCGCGGACGCUGGGCGAGUGCCCGAACGCGCACGGUUCCGCUCGGGGGCCGAGGCUGCGAGGAGCCACGCUUUUGCUGCUGCAGGGCUGGAGGAGCGCGAUGACCGGCUGCUGCAGGCUCGAGCCGAGCCUGCCAAGGACGAGGCGCUGAGGUGGGAGCGCGACAGGUCGAUGGGGUCUACGACGACGAACGGACUCAAGACGGGCAUCAAGACGACGAGUCAGACGAUCAAGAGCAUGAGCGAGACGGGCGAGAGAGCGAAGCAGAACUUAGAGGAGACAGAGAGCUACCAUCAGAAGUACACGAGUGUGCAGCGGGGCGCGGUCGGGCGAUCGCGGACGCUGGCGGCAGCUGGAGAGAGGCAGGCCCGCGCGCGGAGCCGAAGCUCGAGGCGCGCCCGGACGCUGACAGCGGCGAGGGCGACGAGCCUGCAGUCGCGGCUGGAGGCGCCGACGCUGGAGCCGAGUGGCUCGCUGGAGGCGGAGGCAAGGCUGCCAGCGCGGGCCGCAGACGCCGGCUCGACCGUCGGGGGCGACGAGAGCGACUCCGCGUCCGAGGAGGCGGUGACUGAGGCGGACCGCAACGAGGAGCGGCUGGCGCGGCAGCGGGCGCGGCGGCGGGUGGCGCGAAUGGCCGAGGGCAAGACGACGAUGCUUCCUGGUCAGAGCUACCUGGAGGCCGCGAGCGUGUCGGAGGCCAGCCGAGUCCGGUAUCGGUCAUGCGUGCAAGAGCUCCUGGACUUCGCCGACCGGGAGAGCAUGGCGCUGUGCGAGGACGGCGAGGUGGACGAGUGUCUCGUGGCGUGGAUGAACUCGAGUUAUCGACUCGGGGAUCGCGUGUGGCGAGGCGAGUACAUGGCGGCCGCCCUGAUGCUCGCCUUCCCGAAUUUCGGACGAGCGGGCGCGGGCGCGCGGGGCUUUGGAGUGCUGCUGAUGGUGGGCGCCUACCCGAGGCCGUCAGAGCUGCUCAGCCUCCGGCGGGGCUCCUUGGCCCCCCCGGCGCGGGGCGGCCCUGCAGACUGGAGCCUGCACCUCUUCCCCCGGGAGGAGAUCAAACGGAGCAAGGUUGGGAGCGCGGACGACACCGUGGUGAUGAACUCCGAGAGAAUGCGCUGGGCGGACCCAGUGUUUGCGCACAUGGCCAAAGGCUCGUCUGCGGAGAAGCCGUUCCCGUGGGACUACCAGCAGUUCGGUCGACUGGUGCGUGGAGCAGGAGAUCGGCUGUGGAUCCCCGUGGUGCCCUAUCAG